AUGAAACAGAAUAUGGCACACACUUAUCAAAUAAUGGAUCGAAUUGGUUUCAUCAAGAAUAUGAUAUCCACUCAUUAAAAGAAACUCAUCACUGAACCCAAACGUAGUUCAUCUUAUCUAGAAACAUCUUAGACUGAGGUUGUCAGGCGAAGUAGAGAUUCAUUUCAUAAAUAAUAAAGUCAUUUAAAUGAAACAUCUACAUCUGAUUAUUUUAGUAUACAAGAAAACACCAAUCUCAGAUUACUGAGGGAAGAGCUCAAAAUUACCAAAAGUUUAUUGGACAAGCGAUCUAUAGAGCUGAAUUAAUUAUUGUAAGAUAAUUAAGGAAUUAAAUCAGACAUGAUUAGAUUGAAGGAGGAGAAUGAAGAAUUGAAAUAUCAAUUAAAAAAGGUUGUAAGGGAAAAAGAAGAUUACCAGGAGGAAUUGACCUUUAAGUUAAAAAAGAUAGAUUCGUUGAAUGAGGAAAUUCAAAGAUUGGAAAAAUCUCAAAAUUAAAUGAUAUGUGAUUUAAAGGAAGCCAGGGAAGCCAUGUAAAAUAUUAGACAAUAUGAGAAUGAAGUUAAGCUAAAGGAAAAACAACUGUUAAAUGAUUGGCAGAAGCUGGAGAAAGACAAAUUACUACUCAAAGAAAGAUAAUCUUAAUUACUUAUACUUCAAGAAUAGUUACAAAUAGAAGUUGAAAAUAUUCAAUCUCUAAAAAAUAGAAUUACUUAGUAAGAGAAAAAAAUAGUUAAUGUUUAGUAAGAAAAAUAAAAUCAAUUGAAAGAAAAAGAGCAAUAAUUAUAGAUGAAGGAGAAGAUCAUCUCAUUUAAAGAGCUAAAAGUAGAGAAGGAGGAGAAGUUAAAGGAUGAAGUCGAUUAGAAAUUAUUGAUUUUAGAAAUGAAUGAAGACUUAUGGAAAAAGAGAGUUUAGGCAGAAUUUACUAAAAUUAAAGAGGUGUAAUAAAAAUUAAAAAUAAUUAAAUGA